AUGGAUGAGGAUUCUGGCAGCAGUAACCCACCCUCAAAAUGGGACUUGCUCAACUACAUUUCUUAUACUCUCUCGUCUAAUAUCCACAUUCGCUUUGCUCCCUCGAUGCGACACCAGCUUUCUAUUGUUACGCUGGAAGAAAUCCGAAGUGCGAAAGACCUAUGUCCACAGAGUAUGGGAGGUUGCAAAAUCCUAGAGAUCAAUACAUCAACAAUAUUGAAAGUGGGACCUAUGGUUCAGAUGGGAGAAGCAGAGGCCCUCUGUCUUUUGAGGAAAAGGACAUCAGUCCCCGUCCCUGAAGUCUUCAAUGCUUACACAAUCGCUGAUAUCGGAUUCAUUUUGAUGGCGAAGAUCCCAGGUAUCCCUCUGGAACAAUGCUGGAAAGAUUUGGCUCUGGAUGCCAAAAAUUCUAUUGUCCGACAGCUCGGCGGGUUUAUUCGGGAGUGGCGUCAGAUUGAAGGGCCGCUCUUCGGAUCUAUUGAUGGUGGUUCAUGCGAAGAUGUUCUCUUCCAACAUUCAUGGGAUGCAAAGCCCCGUCGCUAUGGACCUUGGCAAGAAAAGAAUUCAAUCAGGGAGUGGUAG